AUGAUCAUGGUGCUGGAGACAAGAAUCAAGAUAACAGCGAUGAUGAUUACAUUAAAGAUGGAAAACACAGAGGAGAAGUCCAGAGAUAAAUAUCUGGAAGACAAGGAAGAAGACGUCAAACAGACAGGUGAAAAGCAGAGAGAAGACAGACCUACUAAGGAGCAUCAUAAGUCUGAUGGAAAGCACCUCCCAGAGGAAAGUAAAAGAAAGUCCAAAUUACAGGAUACUGACCAUGGUCAUGAGCCUGACAGUGAACUUGAUGGAUAUCACGAGCGUGAACGGGACCGCGGUGACCGAGCUCGGGAUCAUGAUCGUGACUAUGAGCGAGACAGGGAACGUGAUCGGGAUCGUCGUGAUUAUGAGCAUGAGAGGGAGAAAGACCGUACCCGUGACUAUUAUCAUGAAGGGAAACGAAGUAAAAGCGACCGGGAAAGGGAUAAUGAUCGUGAUGUCUCGCAUCUAGAUGAACAAAGUGGUCGGUAUAGAGAAAGAAGAGAAGGGAGGAAAUCUCCAGAUUAUCAGGAGGUCGUCAUGGACACUAGAAGUAGCCGAGCAGGGCCUGAUGGUGAUGUGAUAAAAUCAGAGCAUCAACCUUCCAGUUCGGUGGUUCAAGAAGAGAAUGGGUAUGUUUUUCCUCUUUAA